AUUAUUUAUGAAACACAUUAAAUGUGGUAGAUAUACGUACAUUAUAAUUUGAUGAUAUAUUUUCCAUAUAUGAAAAUUUAAGAUUCAAAAACAAGAACACAUAGUGUACAACUAGUUUAUCAUAAUCAUCUUGAAGGAGUUAAUAACAAAUUAAUUAUAAUACUAACAUAAUAGUUUUUAAUAUUUUUUAUUAAAGCAGUGUUUUGCAAUAUUUCUAACUACUAAAGAUAAUGGAGAAUAGGUAUAGGAUCAAGUAUAUUCUUAGUAAGGAAGUAAAAAAUUCAUAUUUGAGAAAGAGAAAACAAUUUACCUCUAAUUUAAAAUUCAAAUGUAAACAAAUGUAGUUUGAAACUACGUAAUGAAUGAUCUUACAAAGACUGAGUUGCUCUUGGAUAGCGAUAUUUGGCAUUUUAAUAAAAAUAAUGCGUUUAUUCGAUCGUAAAUAAAUAUUUUUUAACAAGGUGAUUAUUUUUGAAAGAUAACAUUUUUUAACGUAAAAUUAUUUUACAAGUGCACCGGUUAAUUUACUGAAUCUCACAUAUAAUUUAUUUACAUUUUUUAUUACAAGGUAUUUUUUGGAGUACAUAUAUAUUUGAUUAAUGUAAUGUAGAGUGUAUGUACAUGCAUGACACGGCCUAUGUUAUUAAAAAAUCAUUGUACAAUAAUUUUUUUACCUAUGUGAUGCGUAUACUGCGUUUAUUGUAAUGCUUAUUUUUAUGAUAGCAAAAUAUUUUAUGGAACACAGUUUUUGCAUAAUUUUGGUAUAAUAAGUAUAGAUAUGAGUGCAACAUUUUUCAAGAAUUAUAUGUUUAUUAUGUGUAGGAGAAUUUCUGCAAUUUAGAUUGGUAUUAUUAUGCAUAGAAUGUUUUAUAUAUGCAAAUGUAAUAUCAGUAACAAUUUGAUAUAUGGUUCAUGUUAUGUUUUCCCACUAUUUGUUGUAAAAGAUGAGUCUAAUGUGUCAUUUAACUACUUAGAUAUUUGUUGCAUAUAUAUUUUAAAAAAAUUUUUAUUGUUCCAAGAAUGUUUAAAAAUGUUUACACGUGCAUUCUGUUCCAUAAGAGCUAAUAAUGCGUUCCAUUUAUUUACAUCACUUGCAAUUAUACAAUUACCAGAUAAAAAGUACUUAAAUGAAAUGCAGUAAUAAAUUAUAACAGAUUAUAGAUUUUAAGUGAAAUUAACAAAUUUUCAUAAAAAUGUUAAAAUGUUAAAUCAUUAUUGUACUUAUAAUAAUGUGAAUAAAUAAAUUAUGAAUGAUACUUAGCGUUAUAAAUUUUAAAAAGAUUAUGUAAAACUUUCACAACGUUUUAAGGAAAUCCGUCGAUUGACAUCAUUAUAGAGAAUAUAUCAUUGUUCGUCUUGUCCUCGUUAAUUCUAACAGAACUUCUGCUUGAAAUAAUAACAUCCUGCUGAGUGUCACACUACGUAUCCGAGAACGUUCUCAGUUAGUCACUGUAAUAAUUCAAAUACACGAUAUCCGUGCAUUUUCUUGAACGCGACAUUUGCACAACAAAUAAACUGAUAUUUCCCGUUUUUAUUGUGUGAAAAUAUUAUUUACGUCAUUUCAGUAAAGACGGAACAAUAAUAAAUUUUUUUAUUCAACUUAAAAAUGUUAAUAUCAAGUAUACUGAGCAUAUUCUUAUGGAACAUCAGUUUGGCAGAAUGGAUUGAUAUGCCACAGUUUUCCGAUGAAAAGAAGAUAUACAGAAUACCCCCCUCGAAACUGGACCAUUUCCAUAAACCAUUUCCAUUUUCCCAAAACCCUGCGGAAAAUCAAUUUCCUUUCAUGUAUAAUAAUGAUCCUCGCGAAGACUCAAGCGAAGAAAUUUCGGUGAACGGAAGUGGAAGAUUCGUGGUGCACGAGCUUAAGAAUUCUGAUAGCGACACUACGAUUCAUGAGUAUACCAAUGAAGAAGAUUCUUUCCUAACCAGCACUGAAAAACAAGAAGAGGAAACAGACUUUUCAAUAACAAAUGAGAAGGAGACAAACAAUGAAUAUUACAAUGAAUCGAUAAAUUCAAAUGAUAUGGAUAUUUUAAAAUACUUGCCAUUGAAUAUACUAAAAAAUGUUCAUCAAACUUUAAGACAGCAAUCUACAUCUAGCGAGGGGAAACGUUUGUUCUUAAAAACAUUUGAACGAACAUUAAUAACUGAGAUAGAAUCUCGACUCACGCAGACUCUAAUACCCGGUAGAAAAAAAAGAGGCACAGAUCAUUAUGAUCACAGUUAUGAUUCUCACGAUAAUGCCACAGGAUUUCCAUCUUUAGAAGGUGCACUGAUGGCUAUCUCAUUUCUCACGUUUGCAGUAUACCUUGUUCGAUUAGUUAUGCUUUUAUUUAGAAACAUGAAUAAUCCAACACCGAACCCCACUGGAACAACUCUACUCCUCGGUAGAAGGAGAAAAUCCAUAAACGCAUUUGACGAAGAGACAGUUAAAAUACUCAAUAUCGUGGACAAAUACACCUCUAAUUUUUAAUCGACUCGCAAUUGUAAUAUAUUAAAUAAUUUACUAUGAAAAAUUUAUAAAAGGAAUUAAUAAUUUUAAAAGAUGAUCACGUAUCGACUAGAUUAAUGGCUGUGAUGCGAAUUGCAUUACAAAAUUUUAAGAGUUAAAUAAAUCCUUGGUUUAACCAGUUCAACUUACUGUAGUGAAGGUUUUAGAGAAGUUUUACUUAUGUUUAUAGCUUGGCCGGCAUAGCUGGCGGUGUAAAAGAUAACAAUACAAUAUCACGAUAUGAAAUUGGCGGUCGUUUCAACGAAAGAUUUUGCAAUUUUUCAAGAAGUAAUGCCAAUCGAAUUUUAUCAAUUUGGUAUGUACACCGUCUUUCGGCUGGCACUAAAAUGCCUUGCACUAGGAGAUUAUUUAUCGAUGUAGAAAAUAAAUCAAGGCAUAAUGAAUAAGGAUGUUUCCCCCAUUCAUUUCCAUUAAAAAAUGCUUGUUCUAUCCGUUUUUGAGCUUCAGUUGAAACAGCUUGUAUUGUUAUAUCGGUUGAUUCAUCCCACUAUAAUUAAAAAAAAAGCAAUGUUUUCCCACGAACAUACAACAAUUUUAUAAUACCAUGAAAAUAUAUUUUUAACUUUACCUCAAACAAGACAAGAUAUGUGACAUAUAUGGCAUCUAUAAAUGGUAGUAGUACAUUAUACAAAAGAGAAAAUACUUGUGAGUUCUGUCCUUCAGUAUAUUUGUCAUCCUGGAUACUUAUAUAAUUAAGUCUCAACAGAACAUUUAAUGUUUCUUCCCAUUCUAACUUUAUCAGAGACUCAUCAUCUAUUAGGGGCAUUGCAAAUUCUGUGCUUAGUAUUGUUUUGAGUAAUGCAUAUCGUUCAA